CAAUGACUCAACAAUUGAUUUAUCGAUUCAUAGUCACAUGCCUGUACGGUGUACUGUAUCGGCCUUGUGCAGGCAAGCGAGACAGCGCAUGAUAACAUAUCAACGGAUCUACUUCAUAUGUACAAUUUACAAAGUAUACAAAGGAUAUUAAAUGAGAAAAUAAAAUGUUACAACGUAUUCUGGUGACGGCAGCGGUCCUGCUACGUUUGGCGACCGGUCUAGAUAAUGGGUUAGCCCUCACACCACCAAUGGGUUGGCUGACUUGGCAAAGGUUCCGGUGUAACACGGACUGCCUGAACCGACCAGACACAUGUAUCAGUGAACGUUUGAUAAAGACUAUGGCAGAUUUGAUGGUAAAGGAAGGCUAUAAAGACGCCGGUUACGAAUAUAUAAUGAUAGAUGAUUGUUGGCUAGCCAAGAAUAGGACUAAAUUGGGCAAGUUACAGCCGGAUCCAGACAGAUUUCCAAGUGGAAUACGUGCACUUGCGGACUAUGUUCACAAUUUGGGCCUUAAGUUCGGUAUUUACGAAGAUUUUGGGACUCACACGUGUGCCGGCUACCCCGGAAGUGAGUUUUACCUACAACUUGAUGCCAUGACGUUCGCAGAAUGGGAAGUAGACUAUGUAAAGUUUGACGGUUGUUACUCGGACCGCCGUGAUUUCGAUGCCGGGUAUGAGGCUUUUGGUUUCUUCCUAAACAAAACUGGACGGCCGAUGGUGUAUUCGUGCGAAUGGCCUUUCUAUCAAAGUGUAUCCGGAAUAAAGCCGAACUACACAGCAAUUCAGCAAACGUGCAAUCUUUGGAGAAAUCACAUGGAUAUUCAAGACACUUGGGAUAGUGUUCAGAGUGUGAUUAAAUAUUACGGAACUGACGAUGGUAACUUUUCGUCAUACGCAAAGCCAGGAGCAUGGAAUGAUCCAGAUAUGCUGACGAUUGGGAACUUCGGUCUCAGUUAUGAAGAAAGUAAAGUACAGAUGGCGAUGUGGGCAAUAUGGGCGUCACCUCUGAUCAUGUCAACCGACUUGCGCAGUAUAUCGCCGGAAGCCAAAUUUCUACUCCAAAAUAAACAUCUUAUAGCCAUCAACCAAGAUCCACUUGGAAUACAGGGGAAAAGAAUAGCUUUUAUUAAAGGUACAGCAAUAGAAGUCUGGUCAAAACCUUUGUCAAAUCCGAGCGGUUCUUUCGCUCUGGCUUUCGUCCAGCUACCUAAUCCAGGUGAUCCGACAUUGUUUAGUGUCCGGACAGGUGACGUUGGCCUGGUUUCACCUAAUGGCUAUACAAUAUCCGAUGGCUUUACUGGAGAGGAAGAAGUGACAACGAAAAGUCCCGACGAUGUACUAAAACUGCUUGUUAACCCUAACGGCGUCAUACUGUUUGUUGCAACACCAGUUCAGCCAUAGUAGAUUUAUUUUUGUGUACAAAUAUGUUUGAGCCCACCUGUGCACAAGGUAUUUUGAUCGCCCUGUGUCUGUCGUCGUCCGUCGCUCGUCAUCAAAUGUAAAUGUUACCACUCUAGUAGUCACAAAUUUCGCCCAGUUUUAAUUAAAUUUUCUGAACAAAAUCUCGAAAGUUACUGUUACUUGGUUGACUAAGGUGAAAACGGCGGCCACUAGGUUAGUAAAUACGAAAACAUUGUUAACAUUCUAGAAGCCAUAUUUUGUACUUCAUAAAAUUUUGUCAGAAUGUUUGUCUAUAUGAAAUCUAGGUUAAGUUCCAAACUGGAAUAUCUCGGUUAAAUCUUGGCCACUAGAUCAGUCACUGACUGAAGGACCUAGUGCCUCAUUUUCUACCUUUUUUCAUGAUUCUUGAUCUGAAUGAUUGUCUGUUUGAAAUGUAGACCAAGUUUGUAACUUUGUCACUUGGGUUAAAAGGUGCUCAAUAGAUCAGACCAUUAAAAACUUAAUUAAUAAUCUACCUGUUUAACACAAAAUGUCUUCGUUAAAUAAUACCGGUAUCAUAUACAGAAUCAUUUCCGUUUGUCGGAAGCAUGCUUCCUUCUCUCCGCCCCCCCCCCCCCCCCCCCCCCACACACACGAGGGGUUGACAAUUUUUCAUUAUGUCAUUAGUAUUUCUAAUAUUAUAGUGGAUACUUUAAAAACUUCUAGUCAGAAAGUGCUAGCCAAAUUUCAACAAAAUUUCAUACGUUAUGUUACAUGCGUCACACUCUACCAAAAUUGUUCAAGUAAUCUGUGAAACUAAGGUGAGCGGUCUAUGGCCAUCAUUGUCCUUUUGUUUUAAAUAUUGUCCGGUACUUUCACAAGCUGCUCAUUCAAAUCACCCGUGUUUCAUGAUUUUGCUGCAAUAAACUGUAUUUUUUAUAUUUGUCAUUUAGUGACUGUUCUGUUUGUUUGCAUUUUUCGGCUGAUUGUGAAACUAUUAUAUCGAUGGUUAACGUACUUAAGUCAAUGUGUUUGUCCUACCCUCGGUAUACAGGUUAAUUCAGCAAGUGGGUGUAACAGUUUCACAAUCAACCGCUGUAUGUACAGAUUUGUUGUAUCAUUUCAUGAAUGUUCUUACUUCUUCUGUAAAAGAUACUCAUCUUUCGUCGAAAUCCAAUAAAGAAAAUAUUGUGAUAUUAUACAUUACUGUCUAAUAAAUAUAUAAACCUUAA